AGGUUUGGGAGAGCCUAGGACUGAACAUUUCUCCCCAAACCAUUCAGAGCUGCAAUGCCUCCAAGGCUCAGAGAGGUUUCCCAAGACCUGCGGCUUCGGCGUCAGCCUCUCUGACAAGAAGAAGAAAAGAGGACCGUUGUCACUUGAACCUACAGCCCAAGCCCUUGAUGUUGGCCACGCAGGGGACAAAAGCUAAGCAACGGAAGAGAGGUAAACGAUGACCUUCUCCCGCGAAAAGACGGUUCUGUUAUGGAUCUCCUUCCUUGUGCUCUUAUCGCUGGCCCUUUUUGUGUAUUUGGACAGGGAUGGCACAUUGAUGUGGAUGUACAACAGCAGGCACCUAAAGUUCAUCCAGUUAAAAAACGAAACGGAGCAGUGGCUGGCCAUCCCCAACUGGUUUGAACCAAGGCACAAAUACGCCAAUAAAGAACCAAAGGGGCUGCGGCUGACUGCCUGGUUUGAGCCACGUGCAGAAAGAAAGAAUCCCACCCUGACCUCUUGGUUAGCCCCCAUCAUUUGGGAUAAAACCUUCAAGAAACCAGCCUUGGAGAAUUACUACAAGAAGCACCCAAUCACCGUUGGCUUGACCGUCUUUGCCAUCGGGAAGUACCUGGACAAAUACUUGAACAACUUCUUGAGCUCUGCCGACAUCUUCUUCAUGGCCGGCCACAAGGUGGUCUUCUACAUCAUGGUGGACAACCCUGCCAAAGUGCCUGCAGUCGAGCUGGGGCCCCUGCGGACCAUGAAGGUCUUCCAGAUCAGCCGGCAACGCCGGUGGCAGGACAUCAGCAUGAUACGGAUGAAGGUCAUCGCGGACCUGAUCGAGAGCCACAUCCGCCAUGAGGUGGACUUCCUUUUCUGCAUGGACGUGGACCAGAUCUUUGAGGACGACUACGGCGUGGAGGCGCUGGACGAGUCGGUGGCCCAGCUCCACGCCUGGUUUUACAAGAAGGAGAAGGAGUCGUUCACUUACGAGAGGAACCCUGAGUCGGCCGCCUACAUCCCCUAUGGGGAAGGGGACUACUAUUACCACGGGGCUGUGUUCGGGGGGACCCCCAUGCGCGUCCUGAACCUCACCAGGGAAUGCUACGAAGGCAUCCGGAGAGACAAGAGGCAGAACUAUGAGGCCGUGUGGCACGAUGAAAGCCACCUGAACAAGUACUACCUGCUCAACAAACCCACCAAGUUGUUAUCCCCGGAGUACUGCUGGGAUUAUAAAAUCGGCAUCCCCGAGGAAAUCCGGUCGGUCAAGCUGGCCUGGUCACCCAAAGAGUACGAAGAGGUCAGGGAUUAUGACUGACUUGUCGGUUUUUGUGCGGCGAAGAGCAGCGGAGGCCGUUCCUCUCUGCCACAGUUUGCAUGGAAUUAAAAGAGGAGUUUCUUGCCCAAAAUGAUUCAGUUUCAGUAAACUGUGGAAUGGUGUCCCAUCCUUUCUCUCAAACUGUGAAGGCUUCUCUUCUAAGCCUGGAAGGACUAGAUAGGAAUGGCAGGACGGCCGUACCUGAAAAGGACCUC